AAUUUGUAUUAGUACUAAUGUAGAGGUCAAAAGUAAAAGAAAGACUCGGGGAAAAAAAUCGUUGAAUUUUUGACGACAUAGAGUUGCGCGAACGUGUCUUUUGAUCUCAUUCGAGGACUGCGAGUGGAUGCUGCUGGUGGUGUAAGCAAUCGAAUUGCGAGUUUGAGCUGAGCUACGCGAAAUAAGAGAGACAGCGAAAGUUUGGGCUAUGGAGAGUGGGAGACAGGAUUUAGAUAACGACGAAAUGAAAGAAUCGUCUCGACCAUCUUCAGUCGUUCCAACGUACAAGUCUGAGUCGGAUGGGAGUACUCCGGUUUCCUUUGAUCAACAAUUAAAAUCUCACGAAUUGUUAAACAUGGGAAAACAAAAUGGGGGAGAAAGUGAUCUCGACGAUGGAACGAAGGAGAGAAUGCUUACGGACGAGAGUAAAAUAUCGCCUACUAAAGAUGCCACAGAGGUUAAAUUUAUAUCGGAAAAUGGAGAUGCAAAAAUCGAUAUUGAAACUGCUAAACAGACACUUUCUGGAAUGGGGAAAGAAGAAUUGAUGAAAUUUGCUAAUGAUCCAUUUUGGGUUCGUUUAAGAUGGUUUUUAUUCAUUAGUUUUUGGGUAUUAUGGAUCGCUAUGCUUGCUGGUGCUAUAGCUAUUAUUGUAAUGGCACCAAAGUGCGUAGCACCAAAGCCUAAAAAAUGGUGGGAAGAAAGUCCUAUUGUUCGAUUACAAUUUUCUGAUUCACCUACCAAAGAUUUAAAAGGUUUUAAAUCUCUUCUGGAUGAAUUAAAGGAACAACAUAUAAAAGCAAUUUGUUUACCAUCAAUAAUGAAAGGAAGUUUAGAAGGACAUACGGAUAAUUUCAUGGAAUUAGAUCCACAAGUAGGUGAUAUGGGUGAUCUAGAAGAUCUUGUUAAAGCUGCAAAAGAAAGAGAUCAAUAUCUUAUUUUGGAAUUAGAUCCUAAUCAUUCUUCUAUGAAACACUCUUGGUUCGAACAAUCUGUUAACACUAAAGAUCCUUACACCGAUUACUAUAUUUGGGCAGAUGGAAAAACUACUUCUGAUGGUAGAAGGCAACCUCCUAAUAAUUGGUUAAGUGUCAAUGGUGGAUCUGCCUGGGAAUGGAAUGAACAAAGAAGUCAAUAUUAUCUUCAUCAAUUUAAUAAAACUCAGCCAGAUCUGAACUUUUAUAACCCAACUGUGGUACAAGAAUUUGGAAAUAUUUUGAAACAUUGGUUAAAAUUGGGAAUUAGUGGUUUUCGAUUGGCAAAUACUCAAUAUCUGACAGAAGAUUCUACUUUGCGGGACGAAUCUCUGAGUACAAUACCAACUGAGAUUGAUAAUUAUCAAUCAUUGGUACAUGUAUACACUCGAGAUCGAUCAGAAAAUGCAAUAGUUUUAACAAAAUGGCAAGAAAUAGUUUACAAUGAAACUAAAGGACAAGGCUUAUUUGCAUUACAAGAUGAUAUUGGAGCAGAUAUCUUAGAAGUUUAUAAUGAAAAGAAGGCAUUAAUUAGUCUUCCACAAAGUUCUCAAUUUUUAACAACAGCAAAUGCUAGCAUAAAUGCAACUACUUUGUAUAAAGGUAUUAAACAAUGGAUAACUAUUUCAUCUUGGCCUGGAUGGGAUAUAAAUGGAGAACAAUAUAGUUUAAGACAACGAAUGGCAGGUGAUAUAGCUGAUAGCAUAACAUUAAUGUCUAUGCUUUUACCAGGAACGCCUAUUCUUAGAUUAAAUGAUACAUUAUCUGCUAAAAAUGCAUUUGCAAUAUUAGCUAAAGCUCGAACAAGUGCGACGUUUCUUUAUGGAGAAACUGAUCCUAGAGUCGUAAAUGGAAGUGUUUUUGUUUAUACAAGGUUAAAAAGUGGUAAUCCAGGAUAUCUAGUAGCAUAUCAGAGUGAAGAAUAUCCUACAAUUAUAGAUUUAUCAUCUAUACCUGGAAUAUCAGAAGAAGUAACCAUACUUGCAUAUAGUCCUAAUUAUGCUCAAGAUGGAGAUGCUUUAAAAACAAAGCUACCUUCAAAUAUGAUACCUAUAUUACCUAAGAGUACAUUGAUUCUAACUUUUGUACCUAAGGAUGAUGUAGAGUAAUAUUACGCAUUUAAACUCGCUCAUUAUCUAUAUAUGAACGUAAUUAUUUGUUUUAUGCAAAUGAUUUGCUUGAUGUUAAUUACGACUGAUAUAUCAUUAAAAAGCGUGGCAAAGUAUUAAA